CACCCUCUCCAUUCCACGUCCCUUUCCCCGGCCGAGUUCUUGCGGCGAAACGAACCUCAAGACCUGAAGCAAGAAGCCUCUGAUCCCCACGAAGCAGGGAGGAACAACCGCUGCCAGCGAUGGCGAUGGCGAUGACGGCGCUGCGACGCGAGGGUAGGCGCGCUCUCCUCUCCGCCCCCUCGCAGUCUGCCGCCAUGGCAGCCCGCUCCCCCGCUAUCUCCCAGCCGGAGAUUGCUCCACUUGGUGCACGGUCCAUCUCAACACAAAUUGUGAGGAACCGCAUGAAAAGUGUCAAGAACAUCCAAAAGAUUACAAAAGCAAUGAAGAUGGUUGCAGCAUCAAAGCUUCGUGCUGUUCAAACAAGAACAGAGAAUUCACGUGGUCUAUGGCAGCCAUUCACAGCUCUUCUUGGGGAUGCUCCUAGCGUCGAUGUCAAGAAGAAUGUUAUUGUAGCCAUUACAUCUGAUAAGGGUCUCUGUGGUGGUAUCAACUCUACAUCAGUUAAAGUCAGCAAAGCACUCCAGAAAAUGACUUCUGGUCCAGAGAAAGAAAGCAAGUAUGUCAUAUUAGGAGAAAAGGGGAAAGUUCAACUCAUUCGUGACUCCAGGAAGCAUAUUGAGAUGACAGUAUCUGAGUUGCAAAAGAACCCUAUUAACUAUACACAGGUUGCUGUGCUGGCAGAUGACAUCUUAAAAAAUGUUGAAUAUGAUGCUAUAAGGGUUAUUUUUAACAAGUUUCAGUCUGUCAUAUCAUUUAGGCCCACACUGGUGACAAUACUGUCCCCAGAGGUUAUGGAGAAAGAAUCUGAAUCUGGUGGGAAGGUUGGUGACCUGGAUUCAUAUGAAAUUGAAGGAGGUGAAACAAAAUCAGAAAUUCUGCAGAAUCUUACUGAGUUCCAGUUUUCUUGUGUCAUGUACAAUGCUGUUCUAGAGAAUGCUUGCAGUGAGCUUGGUGCCCGUAUGUCUGCUAUGGACAGCUCCAGCAGAAAUGCUGGUGAAAUGCUUGAUCGCCUCACACUGACAUACAACAGGACACGUCAAGCAUCUAUCACCACAGAGCUCACCGAGAUCAUAUCUGGCGCCUCCGCUCUUGAGGGAUGAUUAAACUUUUGCCCAUAUCUUUUUUCUUUAUUUACUUGUGUUUCAACAAAAGCGACUGAAACCCUUGCAAGCGGAUCCCGUGCCAAGUUGUUGCAAUAAUUAGCUUGAUUAUGGGCCGGUUCCAAGCAGAUGUGCUUUGUUGCAAUCGACCUUGUUAUGUUCAAAGUGCAACUAUAUUGUUCAGUAUGUUCAACAAAGACGUUUUCAUCUUGAAUAAAUGAUUGUGUAUGUGCAUUUUGCGACU